AUGCCCACAAUUCGAUUAUCAUGGUAAAAAACAUUUAGCAAUGACGUUUUUAUAGGAUUAGCAAUCUUCUAUGCAGGUGCCGAACUGGUGAUUGCAUGAAGUGACUUUCAGUAAAACCUACUCAGAAAUUGUUCCAAGCCUAUCCACAUUUGGCUUCUGAUAUCAUGCUUAUUUUUAGGGUUAUUUAGGCUUGUUCAUUCGAUGGGAGAUCCAGAAGUAGAUGAAAUUAAUGAACCAUGGUGCUUUAAACUAUUUACAAGCAAUUCAAACUUAAGAUCCUGCAUUGUUGUAGGAGUUCUUUAUCCAUUUUUCCUAUGCUGGAUACUUUUAGGUACCUUUUGGUACGCAGAAGUGGAUUCAGAUGACUACAAGCUGUCUGGUAUUGAAGGAACAGCAGCUCGGUGUUUUAAAGAUCAGCAGCAAAGCUGAUAUUUUAUAUUGUGGCUCAUGAUUUUCUAUGUGUGGAUUAUUGCGUAUACUACUUCAAUCAUGAUCUCAGCUAUGGUCUAUUUCAGAAAUCUCGACAUCAGAGGACAGUAUGUAAGAUUAGCAGAACAGUAUGGAGAUGACCCAGUGCCCAGAUUAAGUCCACACUUGCAAGGAUUAUCUCCUGGAUCAAUUUUGAGGUUUGAAGUAGAAACAAUAAAAACGCCUGAAGCUAAUAUCAACCAAUGUACAGUCUGUUUAGAAGAUUUUAAAGCGAGAGAAAAGGUAAGAGUCAUGCCUUGUAAACACAGGUUCCAUUUGCAGUGCAUCGAUGUCUGGCUCAUGCGCCAAGGCAGCUGUCCGAACUGUAAAAGAAAUUUAAGAACAAAUAGUGAAGCAAUACCUUUAAUACCAAUUUAA